GCUCCGCCUCCCGGAAGCCGCGGCGCGGGGAGCAUGGCGGCGGCGGGGGAGCCCCCGCCGGCGGAGGAGCCCCCGCCGCUCACCGGCGUGGCCUGGGUCUCCGCCCCCGGCGCGGCCCCCGCCGGCUGGACCGUGAUCACCACCACCGUGGAGGGCGCCGCGGCCAACCUGGGCAGGGGCCUCGGGCACAAGGGCGGCGGGUUCCUGUGCGUCAGCGCCAGCGCCGAGGCGGCGCCCGGGGUCGUGGUGGCCGACGUGCAGGUGCUGAGCGACCGGACUCCGCUGCCCGCCGGCUACGUCCGCGCCCGCGAAUUCCCGGAGCCGCGCCCCGCCGGAUCCCGCCGGAAGCGGCUCUGCGUGAGGCUGCUGCCGCGCGCCGCCGCCGGCGCCGCCGUGCUGGACAUCAAGCUGAGCGGCAAGAGCAAGGCCGUGCCCGGCUACCUGCGGAUAGGGGAAAUCGGUAGCUUCGCUGUUUGGUGCAAAAAAGGGCCAGUUUCGAUCUCCACCCCCCGGCCCGUUCCCACGCCCAGGACGAUUAACCUAGGACUGAAGCAGCUUUCAUUACAGCCGGCUGACACAGACCUAAAGUCACCAGAGAACUCUAUAACUCCAUUUGGCUCAAAAAGCGCUUCUCUCACCUGGCAUGCAUCUGUAUAUGAUACUUCCAACAUCUAUGGCCUCUCAGCUAUGGAUGGAAUACCUUUUACACUACAUCCCAAAUUUGAAAGCAACACCAGUUCUGGCAGUAGCGUUAUUCUUGCAGAUCUGAAUGUUAAGUCUCUUGCUGAGAUUGAGAAAGAGUACAACUAUGCUUUUGUGGUUGAAAGGACUGCAGCUGCCAGACUCCCACCCAGCAUUUGUUAGCACUGGAGCCUACCCUUCCCUUGAGGAUGUAAGCUACCGCCACACAUCCCAACAGUCUCUCACAGAUUAAAGUUCAGAGUACCUGAAAAAAAAUCUAAUCAAUAUAAUAGUACAGGAGUUAUGUAGGGAGAAAAUAAAUGUUUUUCUCACCUGCCAAAAUAUUUUUUUUUAAACAUUCCUGAAAUACAGAGCUCCAACUUGGGCACGUGCAGCAGCAUAAGUCAAUGUAUAGAUGUUCUCGGCAGUGUUUGUUCUCCUAGGCUUUGUCAGCACCACAGCUCUGUUCUGAACAUUACCUCCUGCAAGAACACUUAGUGUUUCAGUCAUGUAAGAACUCUUAUCAGCCUAGUCUUCAGUUUGUUGCUUUUCUACUCCUGCCCUUAAGUCUCAGUGCAUAUUAAAAACAUUAUAAAGCUUUUCACCCCACAAAGGAAGUUCCAAACAGGUUUUAAAAUACAUUGAUUCUGAUUUAGUUACUAAACUCUGUAAACGCUUCCUCAAGUGUAGGGCAGUACAAAACUCCCGAGAGGUGGUGGUGUAUCCUGGAAACAUUGAAAAGUCAGUGGCCUUGAUUGUUACACAGAGGUGGUUUCCAUGUGAUAAGGAGGAAUGCUUCCCCAUGCCUGCUCCUGCACAGGAUUAGAGUUAUUGUCAAAAGAAUAAAGAUGAUUCUUGUGAUGUGGAAA